CUCAAAAUAUCGCGCCUAUCAUCAUAAUCUUCCUCCAUCAAACACCAUUCCUCUCUUCCUGUCGUUGGACUGAAUCUUUUGCAAAACAUCUCGCUAAUACCUUACUCUUUCAUUUUAAAUGCCCUUUCCGAAGUAUAUCCAUUUAUAUUAUUACACUUAAUUCACUGAUACAGUAAAAAUUAACGUAAUUUUCUAACAUUUCUAUUUACAAAUGAAAUGUAAACAAAAUGCACGUGUAAACACCAUUUCCGGUAAAAAGAUACAGGCACACCCCCCCGGGAAUGUUCUUUCGUAAAUACAUUCUACGGAGGGUGGUUCUUGGACUCUUUUUUGACGAAUGGGAUUGAGUAAGGUUGCCAAGGAGAGAAAUAUCAUUGGUUCAUACUUAUGAAUAUUGUAGCUUUUGCCUUUUUCACAAAUUCACAUACGUCAAGAGGAGAACUUUUAUCUAGAUUAGGCAAUAUAUCGUAUAUUUUUGUGUAAACUGAACUUUGCCAACUUAAAAAUAUAUCAAAUGGCUUCGUCCCGUGUUGUACAACGAAAAAUCUUCAACUUUGCGCGUAAUCCGUCACAGAUUAAAGCUGUUUCUCGAGCGAUGAGUGGUUCGAAGUUUCCAGCCAGAACCGAGCCAAUGUUGCCCAAAGAUUGUUUCGCAAACAAGACGGCGUUUAUUACUGGAGGUGGAACAGGGCUGGGAAGGGGAAUGGCUGAAAUGUUGUCUAGGUUGGGUGCAACUGUCAUCAUUGCCAGUAGGUCAGUUAUUGCCAGUAGAUCAGAUAAUACAAUGGUAGGGCUAGCCUUUACCUGCCUUUUGGGUGUUCACCCAUUGGGGCAAUCAGUACCCCAUUCUUUUCUCAUAUGUACCGAGUAUGUAGCCCAGUGUGGAAAGUUUGUAUCGUGCAGCGGAGAUAUCGGUUGUGCAAUUUUGAUGCUUUCUAUAUAUUUACUAUUAAAUUUUCGAAAUCUCCGGUGCGCAAUUUCCAAACUUUCCAGUCCGGUAAUACUAUGUAGCUUGAGUGAAAAAUUCACUAAUCAGUAGUAUGCAAUUGUUUGUGAUCUACAGUUGUGGGCAUCUAAAAGUGUGUCAGUGUUUUGGCAGUCUGGUGCCCCUUCUCCUUCCACUCUCUGCAUCACUUAUAAUCUCGUAUUUUUCCACCUUUUGAUUGCCCUGAUCAUGGACAUGCCCUCUUCCUCCCACACCUGCAUCCCUUACCUGCAACCCCGGGGUUGUCCCCCUCCAUGCUAUCGAUACUUGACAGUCUUGGUCUCCCCCUGCAGUCCCAACUCUUUACUGGCUUGGUCUUGUACCCCCACAGCCAAUCACUCCUGACCUGACAUUUCUGGGCAUACCGCUUACCCCCACUAAUCACUCCCUUCUUGAGCUAUAUCCUCUCUAAUUGACAUACAGCCAUGUCCCUGACCACUCCCCCCGUAUCUCCUACUCUUGCACCCCUGGUCUUGGUCCGUUGUCCGGCUGUCACCUUCAUCUCAAUCUUCACAACUGUGGUGUUACCCCCUGGCAGCCACCAUGAUACUAGCUAGAUCAUAUACCCUGGUCCUACUUCCUCUCUUGCCCUCAUUCCUUCCUUCAACACUAAUUGUCAUCUCAGGUCCUCCCCACCUCCCACAAUUGAUAGACCUUGCCCUUGUAUGCUUGCCCCUCCCUUCCCCCAUUUCUCUCUUUGCACAAUCCAAGUGAAAGAUGAUCUAAAUGUUUUGUGGUUAAUGUUUAGAAAGCUUGAUGUUCUACAGAAAACUGCUGAAGAGCUCAGUCAAGAUACUAAAAAUGAGGUCAUGUGUUAUAGUACUCUUAACAGAAUUCAACCUUUUUCGUUGUACCGUCAGACUGGUCAAUAUGACAAAUGCAACUUUCAUUUGCUCUUUAAUAUUGCUGAUAAUAUCAUAAUUUUAAGCUUCUCCAACAGGUUUUUCCAAUACAAAUGGAUGUCCGUGACCCUGAAGCAAUAAAAAAUGCUGUGGAUGCCUGUGUUGAAAAGUUCGGUCUUCCAGAUAUUGUCAUCAACAAUGCAGCAGGCAAUUUUAUUUCACCAUCCGAACGGCUGUCUCCUAAUGCAUGGAGAACCAUCAUAGAUAUAGUGCUGAAUGGCACGGCGUAUGUGACUCUGGAUAUCGGAAAACGUUUGAUAAAGGCUGGGAAAGGUUGCAAUUUUCUAUCAAUUUCUACAGUGUAUGCCCAAACUGGUUCAGGAUUUGUGGUGCCUUCAGCUGCUGCCAAAUCUGGAGUAGAAACAAUGACAAAGUAGGUAAAAACUGAAGAUAUUGUAAUGGUUCAAAGAGGGUAAGUCGGUAAGUGCAGGUGUGCUAAUCAUCUUUACUUGCAGUUGAGAGAUGAAGCUGAAUUGCGAAGGAUGCAGGUCAACCUGUUCGAGUUGAAGGCUGUCGAUCUACAUGCAGUAGAUGAGGCCCCCCGAUGAGGCUCAGUUAAGGGUUAAUCCCAACCCCCCUGUUGACAUUAUCUGUGGGAGAAAACCGGAGUACUACCCGUCUCAAGAAAACCCACAAGUUUCGGUAAAGCGGUGAUUGACCAUUUUCACAUGAGUGCAGGUCCAGACACACUGGACGCGAUUCGACAACGCGACGCGAUUUUUUAGUUUCUGAAAGUUAAUAAAACAGCCAAUGAGAGCAAAUUUUGAAAGAUAUGUAGACCAAAUAACUCAAAAUGUUAUAGCGCUUCUAAAUAUUUGGAAAAUUCAAACUAGGAUCAAAGUCAGUUAUCGGUCAGUGAAAAUCGAAAAAUCGCGUCGCGUUGUCGAAUCGCAUCCGGUAUGUCUGGACCUUGCCACGAGUCCGCAGCGAGAGACUAGAUUCGAACCGUAAGGCGCUUGUCGGGGUGCUCAUGCGCGUUGGCAUGUAGUGUUCUACAUGUGCCUGAUGUGGUUAUGGUUUUUGAUUGAAACAUUCAAAACCUUCCAAUUGACAUCAUGGUGACUGGGUACUUCGUAGGUCCUUCCUGCUUCAUCAGGAGACUAAUUCAAUUGCAUAGCCAGCCCGUUGAUCUAGUCCCGCUAUGCAAAUAUUGCCAUGUUUAUAAACUAUCAACACAAUAAAUUUCUAAAGAAAUGAACAAUCAACAAUGAGUUGAAAUUUGCAUAGCGGGACUAAAUCGUUGGGGGUGGCUACGCAACUGGAGACUACAGCAGGCUGUGGCCCAACUAACCCUAGUUUACCCAAAACAUCGAAGACAAAGUAUCUACAAAGUACCACGACAGCUUAAAAGCAAAAUACGCAGCGUAAAAACAACAACAAUCGAACAUUCAGCCUAUAUUAGAAAACAUGUUGUCAAAUAUGUAAUCUAACUAAAUGUAAGUUAUCGCUUCUUGAUAGUAAUGCAAAAUAUUUUCAGAUCACUGGCUGCUGAAUGGGGAAGAUAUGGCAUGCGAUUUAAUGCCAUCGCACCUGGUCCUAUCGAAACAGAGGUACUGUGAGCACUUUACGGCCUAGUUCACUGCCACAAGGUGCAAGUGAUGCAGUCAUCUUGAAAGCAAUAUUCUUUGACUUUAUUCAAUAUUCCGCUUGUACCAAUGCUGUUUCAACAACUUGUUAUCAAGACGUGUUCACACUGCUUGUUCCCAGCUUGUUAACAAGACUUCAGUUAUAACUUUUUCCAACCAGGGACGGCGCUAGACCUAUUUGAAUAGGGGUAUGUUCGCGGCUCAAUGAAAUAAUGCUUUUCGGACAUUAUAUUUUUUUAUAUUAUUUUGGAUUAACGUACCGAUCUUCGUUCAAUUUUUCCUACAUGUUUUCGCAAAUUUCUCCAAAUUAAAGGCAAAGCUAUUAUUAAUUUUAAAACAGUGUCACUCAAAUAUUUUAGUUUUCUUUUCCCUAUCCAAUUCAUGUUUUGCCGACUACAAAAACAAAUUACUCAAAUUUAUGAGCAACUUUGACUCGUUUUUUUUUAGUAAAAUAAAUCUUAACUCAAAAUAUUGAGUAAAUUUGCUAGUCACAUGAGGCGCUGUGGGUACAUUAUUUUAUUCAAGUUUUUUAGUGAAAUAUUUUUGCAGUUAACUACAAGUUGUGAGUGACAACCUUACAUACUAGUAUAGUGCCAUUAGGCAUUAACUUGAGAAAAUGACUAAACAUUGUUGCAAGUAAUGGACCAUCCCCCAAUUAACCAAAAUUUUGAACUCAACAAGUCUAGACAAUUUCAUCACAGCUUGAAAGAGUAUCACAAAAUUAGUAAUAUUCCAAACUUUCGUUGCAAAAUGUUGUAAAAUGCAGAUAAUAUAGCCUUGUGAAGUUUGCAAUUUUCAGUCAUUUUAGAUUACAGACGGGAAAUGGUUACCACUUCUGUGCGUAAUAUAAAAUGACUGAAAAUUACAAACUUCGCAAGGCUAUAUUAUCCGCAUUUUACAACAUUUUGCAACGAAACUUUGGAAUAUUACUAAUUUUGUGAUGCUCUUUCAAGCUGUGAUGAAAUUUUUGUUUAGGCCAGUUAAGAUCAAAAUUUUGGAAAAGUGGUAACCAUUUCCCGUUUGUAAUCUAAAAUAACUGAAAAUUGCAAAUUUCGCAAGGCUAUAUUAUCCGCGUUUUACAACAUUUCGCAACGAAACUUAUUACUAAUUUUGUGAUGCUCUUUCAUGCUAUGAUGGAAUUUUGUCUAGACUUGUUGAGAUCAAAAUUUUGAUUAAUUGGGGAAUGGUCCAUUGCUUCAUGCCUGUUGCACCGGAACAUUCUUGUUGACACUGUAGAUUAUUCAACCUGCAAAAUAACGAGGCUUUUUCCACGAUUAUAGAAUAUAGAUAUCAAGGUGAAUGACCAUCUUAUUGUAGGGCGCGUUUUCAAGACUGGACCCAACUGGUGAAUUUAAAGAAGAAGCUAUCAACAAGUUACCAACAUCUCGUCUGGGAGAAAUCAACGAACUUGCCAAUCUAGCUGCAUACCUUGUCAGCGAUUAUUCAAAUUGGUUAACUGGAGAGGUUUGUCGCGAGAAGAUUUCCUCUAAUAUCAGUUGAUUCUUACAUCGGAGGGUCUAAAGCCCCAGAUCCAGGGAUGCCGGAAGUUGCUGAGGGCAAGGGGUGCAAUUGGUUAACAAGAGGGCAUACUCCUUAAUAAAAGGCACCAAUGAAAAUGAAAGGGCGUCAUGAUCCUACAUUCAUGUCAACCUCCCUCCCUGUCACCAAAUUUUUUCGGACCGAAUACAAUUAUUUAGGCACAAUUCCUCCGUAAUUUCUCGCCAAAAAUUCCAUAAGUAUAAUGCUUUCCGUUUCAUCUUUCGCCAAAUGGAUAACAACUUUGCCGAAUUCCUGACGACUGGGGGGUGGAACACCCCCACACACAUCCUUGAACGACGUUUAAUUCUGUCUGUUGUAAAAGUUUUGUGCACCUGUUACACCCAUAGUCUGCACCCGCACUGCACCCACAAAGUUGAAAAUGCAAAAGGCAAGGGGUGCACUUGCACCCGUGGUUCCGGCAUCCCUGCCCAGAUCAAACGAGGAUGAGAGUGCGUGAGGGUUGGUAGUCGUGCGACCUUGGUUAUAGCUGUUCUUAAUGCUUUCCCAUUGAAGUUAAAACAUAGUUAGAACACUCUUCAAACCUUUACUUUGUUUAUAAUCUAGAGCUUCAAAUGUCCCCGUAACAAUGCGUGUGUGCCAACUCUCAUCCUCAUUUGACAGGGGCUUAAAGGGUGAUUCCAGGUGAUUCCAAAGACUGAAUUUUGAUCAAGGCAAGGAGAACGAACACCACAGCUAGAAACAGCGUCUUGGAAUGAGUAACACUGCAAAGAUUGGUUGCUAAAUGUUGUAAAAUGAAGAAAAUAUAAGCCCUGUGUCUGUGAAGUUCGCAAAUUUUGUAUAUAUUUGUAUUACUAGUGGUAAAAAUAACCACUUUCCCCGCGCGUAAAUGCAAAUAUAUACAACAUUUGCGAACUUCAUGAUCACAGGGCUAUAUUUUCCUCAUUUUACAACAAUUCGCAACCAAACUUUGCAAUUUUACUCAUUUUAAGAUGCUCUUUCCAGCUAUGGUAAUGGAUUUCGUUCUUCUUGCCUAGAUCAAAAUUUCGUCUGUAUAUAUUAUUUUAGCUGGGAUCAUCGGCUAAUUGACUAAUGGCUUCAAAUUUUCACAAGCACAUACUUUUUAUUUCAAACCUCGAUUUCAAACGGCUUUGGAUAGUGGUUAAAUUCGCUACUGCCAAUCAAAGUUUUUUGCCGCGUUUCAGCAUUUUUAGCUUAGAUUCAAUUCACAAAACACUUCGUUUUUCAAAAUUCCACUUAAAAGAAAACAAUGUCAUGUGCAGUGCUUUCGCUUAUAGGUAAUCAUUCUUGAUGGUGGAGAAACAGCUGGCAUGGGCGAGUUCAAUGGAUUGUUAAAAGUAAUUUUAUUAGUACUGUAAUUAACUUUGCUGUCCAUUAAUUAGGAUUAAAACUGGAAAUAGUGCACUUUCGAAAGGUUCUCAUGACUGCCAGGGCUCAAAAUAACGGGAGAUAGGUCUCUCGGUUGAAAUGAGUAAAUGACCGGUCACUGAACUUGAUUUUAGCUCGGUCAAAAUCUGUUUUUGAUACGCAUACACUAACAGUGAAACAAACUAUUAGAAACUUGUUUCGAUACAUCGUUUCAUGUUUUAAUUGCAAGGCAUGAAAAUGUGGCCGGUCAAAAUGACCGGUGAGGUAAAAAAGUGACCGGUCAACAGGCAUUUUUGGCCGGUCAUUGUCCGGCCGUUAUUAUUGUCAUGUCAUGUUUCCAUUGCAAUUUCAACCUAUCAUAAUAUUUAACAAUUAAUACACGGUUCUUAUAAGCAACUCGGGUGCGAUAAUUCGCGUACUUACAGUAACUGCACGACAUUGGUACGACAUUGGUACUGCAGGACUUUCGCUAUCUGGGUAUGUAGACCUAUGCAUGUUUAGCUGGUACCACAUAUAUAACUAGCAAACUGUGCAAGGUCCAUUUGAAACUGAUUGUGGCAUCUCAGACAUGUCUUGACAGGAAACACGAUUGAACUGAUGGAUGUGUUAACUUUUAGCAAUGUAAAUGUGUUCCUUGCUCUAGCUCAUAUCAGAUAAGCUUCAUGUUAAAAUAUGCUUUAUACAUUACCAUGAACCUUAUUACCAGCUUAAAUACUUGACAACAAUAGUUGAGGUAAUGAAGUUGAAGUUGGGCAAAUUUCCUCCCUAAUAUUUCCCUCCCAUACUCCUAUGCAGUGAAGGACAUCCGAAAAUGUUGAACUGUCAGUCCCUACAGUACUAAAAUGUGAUUCCUCAUGUUUGAUGUUUUAGGUAACAAAUGAACAAUGGGACAUGUUGGAAGCUAUGGUGCGGAAAUCAUCAAAAUCUCCAAAAUCUAAGCUGUAAUGUUAAUUUCAUCUGUAUAAUACCACAUUGAUGUCACAUUGGCAAUAUUUUUUAAAGUUCUUAUGGCAGGCAUAAAAUAGAUUGUGAAAUCUGUUAAGCAUUAAUUUUUUAGUACAACUUUGUCCUUAAUGAUGACUUUAAAGUUGGUGGUUGAGAAGACUUAGUGGUAGCAAGCAGCAAUCUUUUAUUAGUUUCCCUUGGUGGGCCUGCAUGUGGGCUAAUCUUUUAUAUGAGACACAACUAUCUGAAAAAUACCAAAAAACUGACAUUAUGAGCAAAAGCCCUUCAUCUGGUAGUUAUUUAAACUAAUUAGUGGAUCUAACUUCUAUGGUACUGAUAUCCACUGUGUAAUGGUAGAUGUAUGCCCUUCACUCAAAACAUCGAAGUACUCUUUGUGUUUUUCAAGAAACAUUGUUUCGACCAUACAAAUAAUUGUUGCUUGUACUCAUUGCUAUACUUUCACUGACACUGACCAUUAAAGUUAAUAUAUCAAAAUUAAGAAAUAGCUCAGCCAUUAAAAAAAUAUAUCAGUAAUAUGCAUUACUGUAAAUUUGAUUACAUUUGGAUUAUUAUUAAAUAUAGUUUACUAAAAUACAUUAAUUUGUGCAACAAAUAUAUAGCUUAUAUAACUUAUACUGUAGCUUAUAUAGCACAUUCUCCAUGGUGAAAUGAUCAAAUGCUCCUUAUGAAAUGAUCGCCACUACAGCUUUGUUAUUUUACUCCCACUGUCUCAUAAACAAUGGUUCAACCACAACAGUUAUAACCACCCUCACUCUUCUGUUUUUUGUCAUCAAGGUCCAACCUGAAUCCAUUCUCCUGAUCAUCAUGGUUCCUUCUGCUUUUAAACAUCUUCACCGAAUGCUUCCCAAGUUCUUUUAGCAAGUCUUCAACUCCUUCAUUUGUCUUUGCUGAUGUCCAAAAAUUUGCAAGUAUUUUCUUUUUUAUGUUACGAAGAAAAACUUUCUCUUUUUCUUCUGGGACACCAUCCUGAUCAAGAGGCAGGUCAAUUUUAUUUCUAACAAGAAUUAGUUUUGCUGCAGGUUCAUAUAAUUUGACAUCAUCAACAAUUGUAGACAAUUUGUGUAAUGAGUACUCAUCAUCAGCACUAUAUACUAGAAGAACAAACUUGCUACCUCUAUAAUAUGAUUGCGUAAUGCUGGCAUGUCUCUCCAAGUCAACUGUAUCCCAAAAUUCCAACUAAAGAUAAAAAGAUAUUUAUCGACUUUAGGAGGUGCUUAUAAUUUUUCUGUAUUGUCAUCAUAU